UAUACAUGCAUACGUACAUACAUAAAUAAAUAUAUAUGUAUAUAUAUACAUAGGCACGUAUAAAUACGUUCCACACGCUCGCUACAAGUAGCAAAAGAUUGUAUCAAGACCAAAGAUAAAAGCCGAAGAGGAAAGAGAGAGAGAGAGAGAGAGAGAGGGAGAAGCAUAGAGGAACAAGAGAAGAAGUGCUCUUCAUCGAUCCCAAGAAGCUUGAAAAGAGGAAGAGGGAGAAGGACGGGCAGAGAUAUUGUCGUGUAACGUUAAAAACCAUCGCUGUUCACCGGCUGGAAAUAAUAAUCGAACAGGGAGAGGAGAGUAAUCGGGGAUUAUUUGAAUUCUUACGAAAAAAUUCUUUCGAGUGAAGAGCGUAAGAAGGAUACACACGUGAAAAUGAGUACGAUGACCGGCACCCAGUACGCGUCCGUCAAGGAGUUCUACAAGGACAGGUCUAUCUUCAUCACCGGCGGCACGGGCUUCAUGGGGAAAGUCCUCGUCGAGAAGUUACUCAGAUCUUGUCCCGGGAUAAAGAACAUUUACCUGCUGAUAAGACCGAAGAGAGGUCAGGACGUUCAUCUCAGGUUGCAGGAGCUGCUGAAUGGACCGCUGUUCGAGAAAUUGCGACGAGACGCGCCGCACGAACUGUCGAAAGUGAUCCCCGUAAGCGGUGACGUGACGGAGCACCAAUUGGGCAUCUCAGAGGACGAUCAAGAAACGCUAAUGGAACAUGUGUCGAUCGUUUUUCAUUCCGCCGCCACUGUCAAAUUCGACGAAGCGCUGAAGCUUUCUGUCACCAUCAACAUGGUCGGCACGAAACAGCUCUUGAACUUGUGCCGUGGCAUGGAGAACUUAGAGGCCCUGAUCCACGUUUCGACGGCAUAUUGCAAUUGCGACAUCAAGGACGUCGCCGAGGAGAUCUAUCCGGUGUUGACCGAACCAGAACACGUGAUCGCUUUGACGAAGGUCAUGAAUGCCCAGAUGGUUGAUGAUAUAACACCGACUUUGAUCGGCAACCGACCGAAUACCUAUACGUUUACCAAAGCCCUGACUGAAAGGCUGUUGCAAACGGAGUCUAGCUAUUUGCCGGUUGCUAUCGUCAGACCUUCCAUCGUCCUGUCGUCCCUCAGAGAACCGGUCGCUGGAUGGGUAGACAAUUUGAAUGGGCCGACUGGAAUUAUAGCCGCUGUUGGCAAAGGUUUCUUCAGAACCAUGCUGUGUCAUGAGAACAAGGUAGCAGACUUGGUACCAGUUGACAUAGUGAUCAAUUUGAUGAUCUGCGCGGCAUGGAAGACCGCGACGUCUCGCACCCAGAAGAUUCUCGUGUACAAUUGUUGCACAGGUCAACAGAACCCGAUCACUUGGAAGAAGUUCGUUGACCUGACGUUCAAGUACAGUCGAAUGUACCCGCCGAACGGCGUGAUCUGGUAUCCGGGCGGUCGUUGCCGCAACUCCGCUGUAUUGAACAAAAUGUGCAUGUUCUUCCAGCACAUACUACCGGCGCACAUUUUAGACUUGCUGCUUCGACUGAAGGGCAAGCCGACCAUGAUGGUCAACUUACAAACAAAGCUCCAGAAGGCUGCCAAAUGCUUGGAGUACUUCAGCACGCAACAAUGGAACUUCAGGGAUGACAACGUUCGACAAUUAGGAGAACAGCUCAGUCCUGAAGACCAACAGACAUUUAUGUUUGACGUCAGACAAAUCGACUGGCCAUCGUAUUUAGAACACUACAUAUUGGGAAUUCGGCACUUCAUCCUGAAGGAGAGUCCGGACACACUGCCAGCAGCUCGUUCACAUAUUAAAAAGUUAUAUUGGCUUCACAAAGCUGUACAAUGGGGGAUGCUAAUAGUAGCGCUACGUUAUUUGUUGUUGCGCAGUUCCGUGACCCGAACCGCGUGUUAUUCAUUGCUGUCUAUCGUGCUACGCAUGUGCCGUAUGAUUGUUUGACGGCUCAGAACGUCGGCUGAGGAUCGCGAGAAGCGUCAUAAGAAGCAACAACAGCUAAUCGUAAAGAAGCAUAAUUUAAUGGUGCGAAUUGUCCUUCGAAUUCAUUGCUCGCCGUUCCCGACGAUCAAUUGCUAUGUUCAAACAUCCCAUCAGUUGGCCUUUUCGAUGUUUCUAUUUGUUCAUAACUAAAUUAGCGUUCGCUAGUGGUAUUCAAUUUCCGCAGGGAGUGUCGGUUUACGAAAGAGGUUUACAAACGAAAAAAAAAAAAACAGCACGCAGAGGUGAUGAGACGAAAAAGGAAAAGAAAAGAGAGAAAACGUGUAUUCGAAGCUUCCGAAGUUAUCACGUAAAGGUCACUUUGUUAUAUUCCAAAAUUAACCGAAAGAGUUAAUCCCUUUGGGUAAUACGUCGUCUUCUUGUUCAAUAGUAGCAGCAGCGGAAAAUGCAGAGAAAUAAGAAAGUUCACACAUUUACGAUCAUAACAUGUUUAUUAUGGAUAUAUUCCAUUGUCAUUGUAAC